AGCGGUUUUAACAUUAUCUAUUUAUUAUAAUUUUUGUAGAAUUUUAUACCAUCAACGACCGGCUACGAUCAUAUUACUAUUAUUCUAAACGGCACUGUAUGAAUGAAUUUGUUUACUUUUUGAUUAUAAAAAAAAAACAAUGAAACGAGCCGCGAAGCGUAUCGAGAGUGAAGCGUAUCGUUUCACGAAAAUACACUUGAUUUACUGAGCAGCGCUGUGCAUAAUUUUAGCAUUUUACUGCCGUUAAUUUAUACACAUAAUACUAUCUCACACUAAUGUGAAGGCAUUUAGUUGGUGUGCGGUCCGCUUAGAGGCUAGACCAUGAAAUUAUUGCUGGGCGUUUUAGCUUUAAUCACACUCGUCGUUGUUGUCACACUGGUGACAUCAAAGUCCAUCACAAUAGAUUCACCGCGAGUUAAUAUACCCGGGCAAGGUGCCGUACUCGGUAGUAUCGCGGAAACAUUGUGGACGAAACAGACGUUUUACUCAUUCCGUGGUAUUCCCUAUGCGGAAUCGCCAAGUGGUGAGCUGCGUUUCAAGUUUCGCUAUCGCUCUUUCUCUCGCUCACUCUCUCCCACAUACACGUGUUUGUACAGCUUAGAUUGUACGUAUGAUUGCCUUGUUACCCAAUCUAAAAUCCCAAUUAAAUGAUAACAAUUUAAGAGCCUCAUAAAACCGAAUGAUAAAGCACAUAGGUAGAUAUAUAAAUAGCCGCCUGACUGUUUUAUCUCAAAUUAGUGAACAGCUCGAUAAGCCACCAGUAAGUCGCAGACCCUGGCAAGGAACCUUCGAUGCGCGCAACUUUGGUAAACGCUGUCCGGUCAUAACAACAGUGGGAAAAUUAAAUGCCGAGCAACUGGCGGAAGACUUGGAGGAUUGUCUCAACUUGAAUGUCUACACCAAAAACCUCGCGGCCAAACAACCUGUAAUGUUCUACAUUUAUGGCGGCGGCUUUUACAAUGGUUCCGCCUCAGACCAUCCACCACAACAUCUGUUGGAAAAAGAUAUUGUGCUGGUAGUGCCACAAUAUCGCGUCGGCGCGCUCGGUUGGUUGACGACACACAACGUUGAUAUGCCCGGCAAUACGCCAGUAAUUGAUCUUCUACUGGCCUUGGGUUGGGUGCAAAAUCACAUACAUGCCUUUGGCGGCGAUCCAACGCGUGUUGUGAUAUUCGGUCAGAGCGCCGGAGCGGUUAUGUCUGGUGCGCUGCUGUUGAGUCCAAAAACGCCGGAGCACUACUUUAAGCGUUCGAUUGUACAAUCGGGAGCCAUAACAGCAUCGUGGGGCAUAAAUCGCACGCCAUUGGCGCAGGUGAAACGCAUCUGUGAGGCGCUGCAAUGUGAGCAAUGUGCCGACAAGCGCGUGCAAUACGAAUGCCUCAAGAAGGUUGAUGUGCUGACGCUGUUGAGGGUGACGACAGAGGAAAGCUUCAGUCCUGUUAUAGGUGAUGAGCAGGGCGUGCUGCCGGCAGAACCGCAAACGCUGUUACGGAAUCUUAAGCGCACGGUGCCGUUAAUGACCGGUUUUACAAAGCACGAUGGCACAUUUGUGCUGGCAACGCUUUAUGAUACACUGGUGGCGAGGUAUGGCAGUAUUUCUAAGCUCACUGUGCGCCAGUUAGCAAACACGCUGAUCGACUUAGGCAAAGACAGUACUAGUCUCUCUAACAAUUUGCUCUUGCGCAUGCUCUUCAAGCCGAACAUUUUGGAUACCAACAAUCACACCGCUGCUUGGCCGGCAUAUAUUGAUAUUGCUAAUAUUAUUUAUAUAAAAUCGCCAGUGAUUGCCUAUGCAAAUGAAUUGCAGCGGCGCGGUGCCGCUCCCGUCUACUUAUACACCUUCGAUUAUGCUGGCGAGCACACACGUUUCGGCUACGAGUUCGGCAACUCGCAAUACCCCUUUGAGGGCGGCGUACAUCAUUCAAAUGAUAAUAUUUACGUGUUUGCCACACAUAAACUGAAUGCGAAUGACACGAAAAUCGCAAAGAAAAUGGUUGAUUUGUGGUACACCUUCGCCGCUGAUGGUAUACCCAGGGUUGCCGAUCAACCGGCACUGUCUAUCCAAGCUAUGACGUCGGAGUCUGGUCCUUAUUUUCACAUAAAUCAGGAAGUGAGCGUGGAUAGUGACAUUCUAACGGAACUUACGGCGACUGUCGACGAUCCAGAGAGUUAUAAAUUGAUAAGAACGUCCGCUUUGCCGCCAGCAUUGCCGCCGUUUGUACCAAUCGAUUGAAAAAUCAUUAUAACAAUUAGAAAAUAUAGUUUAUUUGACUUGUACUUAAGAAUCUUGUAUAUGCUUGUAAAUACAAUACUUGACAAAAAAUACUCGAAAUGAGUAUUUAGAAUCCAAAAAAGAAUGUUAUUAGAAAUUAUUUUCGACAGUUUGAAAAUUCGCGACGAUUUUUGUAUAUCGUUGAAUGAACGAAAAUUCACGAAACCCCGAAUUAACUACAUUAAAUGAUUGAAAUGUUACACACUUACCAACACUGUCUACACUAAUCGCACACAUUUUUCUAAUUAGCUAAGAAAUACCGUUUCCUCAAUUUGUUUCUAAUAAAUUUCUAUUAAACAAA